GGCCGUCAUGUUCACAACCGCAGAAUACUAUACGUUCCUGAUCGUGUCUGGCCCGACUUCCGAAAACUGCGAGUGCUCCUCGACGCCGAGGCUGACCUCGAACGGACACCUCGCAGCUCCUUUGCCUGCCGGCGCCCGCCAGCGGUGGCCCUCAGGGCACGCGCGCCCUGGGAGCACGUCGCCGCCCACCGGCAGGCCCGCCGUGCCACCCAGGGUGGACAGAACCCCCUUCAGCAAAAUAUGUGUUCUGUCGGCGGCGUCUCGGAGCCGAGUUUGCGGGCGGGCCACGCUGGGGCACAGGCGAAGCUGACUGCGGCUCGUGCGGAUGGGGAAGGAAGGAGGAGAAGAAGAGGAGAGGACGACGACGACGACGAAGGAGGAGGCCGAGGAGGCGGGAGACACACAUCCAAACCAAAGAGCCUGCUAU